UAUUAAUGUGUCAUAUGAUGGGCGGAAGCUCGCCCUAACUCGCAACUCUCUUCUUCGCGGUCUCCUCUUCGCUGCUCUCUUCUUCGCAGAUGUGACAACAAUAAUGUCUUCUUCGUCUACCUCAAGCAUACGAAAAAACACACUAUCUACCCUAAAUUACGAGCCGGCGUUUUACUGUCUUUGUGGGAUGAAAGCCCCUCUUUGCAAAGGACGUGAAAGUGGACGAUUGUUCUACGGCUGUCAACAAUUUAAGCACGACCGUGGAUGUGGUUUCUUUGUGUGGAAGGAUGCUAUGGAUGUUACACAUGCUCACACAGAGUACCGGAAUUUAAGAGAUGACGCAGCUCAUGGUGGUGGUCUGUUUGAGUUACAGAGGGCUAACAAUUCAAUGGGUCAACAAAUUAUUGUGCUUGGAAGAGAUAUUGCUUAUCUUAGGGGAGUAGUCCAAACAGAGGGAAAACAAAACAAAAUGUUAAGGUUGUUUGUUGGUUGUUGGUGUUUUGUAAGCACAACAGUGGUUGCUAUGGCUUAUUUCAGUUUAAGGAAGUGUUGUAUGUAAUAGGUGUGUUAGUUAUGUUGGUAUGACUUAUUUCAGUUGUAUGUUAUAGGCUGUUUACUUCUGCAAGGUAUUUAAUUUGGUUUGGGAAGAACUUUUGAUUGAUAAAGUGUACUGUGUAAUGUGUUUCAGUUGUAUGCUAUUUCGGUUAUGCUAU